UGCGCAUGCGAGUAGCGGACUUCUUGUUGAUGCUCGACAGCGCCGGUCAACAUGCAACUGUUGAUUUUGUUUCAGAAGCCGCUAAUGCAUUCUAAUUCAUCGAUACUUGUUCUUUAUGGGGGUUUUUCCAUUCGCGAUUCCGAUGAUACCCUCCUGGGAAAGCCCUCUUUUUUAGCAUGGUGUUGGGAAAUCGAUGCUGCCUGUUAAAUUUUGUUGGGAUAACUUUUCGUCAAAUGGUACGUAAAACUCCGCCAGCGGAGGUGAUUCAGUAUCGAGAUGAUCAGGAGGAGUCGAACAACUUUCGGAGUAGCGACAUCAAAGCUCUAGUGGAGCUGUUGCACGGGGACAGAUUUUGCUCCAUUAUGGAUCUUAAUGAUCUUAACAAGGUUUGGGAAAUCAAGCCUCUGAAGAAGAUUGGAGAAGAAGAUGCUAGAGAAGUUCUUGAGAAAGUUGCAAAACAAGUUCAGCCAAUAAUGCGAAAACGUAAAUGGAAAGUGAAGAUUCUUUCUGAAUUUUGUCCCAAUCCAUCUCUUCUGGGCCUGAACAUAGGUGGAGGAGCAGAGAUUAAACUCCGGUUAAGAAGACCAAACAAUGAGUGGGAUUUCUUCCCUUAUGAGCAGAUUCUUGAUACAAUGCUGCAUGAGCUCUGUCAUAUCGAAUAUGGGCCGCAUAAUACUGACUUCUACAAUCUUUUGGAUGAGAUCAGAAAGGAGUGUGAGGAGCUGAUGGCUAAAGGAAUUACAGGAACUGGUCAAGGUUUUGAUCGUCCAGGGAGACGUUUAGGUGGGUUCUCCCGACAGCCUCCACCAUCAUCAUUACGCCAAACUGCUCUGGCUGCUGCAGAAAACAGAGCAAGGCAUGGAGCUCUACUACCAUCAGGGCCUAGGUGUAUAGGGGGUGAUAGUGAUAUCAGGAAUACUCUUAGCCCCAUACAAGCUGCUGCGAUGGCAGCAGAAAGGAGAUUGCACGAUGAACUGUGGUGUGGAUCCAAAUCUGCAGAGGGGCAGGACGGAUUCCAAGGAAGAGUUGGACCUUCCUUGGAACUUCCUGAGAAGUCAAAAGAAUCCACCUCAUUUGCUGGCAUCUCUGCAACGACUUCACGUGUGAAUUCCACUUCCUCUCUGGAAGCAGCGGAUGAUGAAGCGAAGUGGCAGUGUAAUACUUGCACUUUAUUAAAUCAGCCUCUGGCCUUAUCAUGCGAAGCUUGUGGAUCCCAAAAGCACAUUGCGAUUGCAACAUCGAACGUCUGGUCUUGUAAGUUUUGUACACUUGAUAACAGCGUUAAGCAAGAUAGAUGCCUGGCUUGUGGAGAGUGGAGAUAUUCCUAUGGUCCGCCUGCCUCUAGCCGCGGACCUUAUGUCGGCAACUGAGAAAGAGAAGUCACUUCUCUGCAAUACAAUCACUGCCAGUUUGUGAAGAAUACUGCACGAAUUGUACUGCAACUGCCCUGCAUGAUGAUAACAGUGGCUUGUAAUUACAUUAAACUUAUGAUACGCCAACUUAUGAUCCUUGCUUAUUGGUUGCUCCUUUUGGUUGCUUUCGUGCCGUGCUUGACAGAUUCUCAAACAUAUAUUGUGACACGGGCAAAUUUUCGCAUGGUGUAAUCACUCCUAUGUCUCGGAUAGGUUUUCACACAGAAAUAGAAAGUUACAUUAACUGAA